UAGACUAAUUUGAACACUUUUUAGCAUUAGUCUCCAUAUUAAUAAUUAAAUUGCAUUACUUUUAAUUAUUUCCAUUGAAGAUGAAGUAUUUGUUAAUAAUUUUGUUGUCACUUAUAAUAAGUAGUGGUAUUACAAGUUGUGAUCCAUUGUUUUUUCGUGGCCGACCUUUCAAUAAGCAUGGGAUGAUCGGCAGUCCUGUAUCUCAAUUAGAUUUAUCUUUAAGACAUGCUGUCCAACCAUCAGAGCAAUGGUACGACCAAAAGCUUAAUCACUUCGAUCCGGUUGACACAAGAACCUGGAAACAGAGAUAUUAUGUUAGCGACACUUUUUAUAAAAGAGGUGGACCAGUAUUUCUCCAAUUAGGUGGUGAGGGCACAGCUGAUCCCAUUUGGUUAGUCGAGGGACAGAUUGCCACUAAUUAUGCCAAAAAAUUCAAUGCAUUAUCAGUUCUCUUAGAGCAUAGAUAUUAUGGAAAGUCAUGGCCCACACCAGAUAUGUCUGUCGAUAAUCUGCGAUAUCUGACGAGUCAACAGUCACUUCAAGACAGCGCUUCUUUCGUUGAAUAUCUAACAGAAAAGUUAUCAUUAAAUGGCAGCAAAUGGAUUGUUUUUGGCGGUUCCUAUUCGGGUUCAUUGGCGGCGUGGAUGAGAGCUAAAUAUCCACAUUUAGUGGACGGGGCCAUAGCAUCCAGUGCUCCCAUUCAAGCUGUCGUUAAUUUCAAAGAAUAUUUAGGAGUUGUCAGCAAAUCAUUGGGCGAUAAAUGCGAUGAAGCCAUCAGAGAAGCAACUAAUCAAUUGGCUGAAGAACUUAAGAGACCAAUGGGUUGGAGAACUAUUGAGAAACAAUUCAAACUAUGCGAUACUCUCAAUGGCACUGUUGUUAAUGAUGUCUAUAAUCUUAUGCAAACUCUUGCUUCAAAUGUCGAAGGAGUAGUUCAAUACAAUAAAGACAAUCGAGAUUUUGAGGGUGCCAGAGCUACAAACAUCACCAUUGAUGUCAUCUGUGACACAAUGACAGACAUAUCAAAUCCAAUAACAUUAGAUAAAUAUAUCAAAGUUAAUGAUAUAAUUCUUGAAGCUUAUGACCAAAAAUGUCUUGAUUUUAAAUACAAUAAAUUUAUUAAACAAAUGCAAUCAAUUGACUGGAAAUCAAGUGCUGCUGAAGGGGGAAGACAAUGGACUUAUCAAACAUGUGUUGAAUUUGGAUUUUAUCAGUCAUCUGAUCUAAAAACACAACCGUUUGGUCCAUAUUUCCCAAUAGACUUCUUCACCCAACAGUGCACUGAUAUAUUUGGUGACAAAUAUAACUUGGAUUUAAUUGAGAAGUCAGUUGACUUCACAAACAACUUUUAUGGCGGUUUUGGUCUUAAAGUUCGCAAAGUAUUGUUUCCCAACGGAUCUAUAGACCCGUGGCAUGCAUUGGGGGUCACCACUGAUCUCAAUCCAGAAGCUAAGGCUCUAAUGAUCAACGGAACCGCUCAUUGCGCUGAUAUGUAUCCCAAUUCAGAUAACGACACCAUUGAGUUAACUAAUGCCCGAAAAAUUAUUGUCAACACUUUACACCAGUUUCUCAAUAAUCAUAAUUAUAAUAAUUAUUAUGAAGUAACCAAUCAAAUCAUUUUCUAA